CUACAAAUCCCGGUCGCUUGCGUGAAAAAUAAUUCGCCCCUUUACAUUAGCCUAUUCCCCCACACCAUCCGCAAUCUCAUUCACUGAGUGGCAGCGUCGGAGACAACAGCCUACUUCCGUCUCUCGGUCCUGCGCGAGGAUUCGAGCCUCAAUACGGAUUCUGCUCAGCUGUUUGAGAGAGAAAAAAUCUUCCCCACGAGGACUUAAUGCAGUGACAACUAAACAAAGAGCUAUCAAAUCACCACUGACCAGAAAAACGAAAAACAGGACUGAAAAAAAAAAACUAUACAAAGGACCUAUUAUCUUCUCCAAAUCCAAACAUCUCACAUAGUUCCCUUAGUGUUUUGCUUGCGUGUUGCCUGUCAACAGAAUUACUUCAUAGAAAUAACGGUCGGGCUGGCUCGCUGGAAUCACACAGUUGAAAAACGUUAUGUUUUUCUAUCCAACCCAGAUAGCGCUGUUUAGUUGUUUGUGAGAUAUUUUUAUUUAUUUAUUUUAGCCCAAAUGAGGAGCAUACAUAGUAUGUUUGUGAUAUAAGCAACGCAGCAUUGCUCUGCUAAGUGCAAACAGCAAUGCAGCUGAAUCAUGUCCAUUGCUAGAGAGUCCCACCAGCACCAACACAGGUCUCCAUAUCUACUGUCAGGGCAGUGUACUUUCUAUUGCUGUCUGCCCAGAAGUAGUGGUAGUCACACUAGUACUGUGUGCUAAUGUGGUUCUAGCUAUCCACUCUGAGACACUGGCCCCCAGAAAGAGUAGUUGCUGCCCGAGCAACAGCUAAUGGGGAUCCAAAUAAGCUAAACUGAGAUACAGUGAUACUCAAGCCUUAGUUAUCUUCAGUAGCCCAACAAACACAAUAAUGUCAUCAGACAACGACGAGACGGGCUCCGACCUAUCAGAUUCCCUGGAGGUCCGUGAGGUCCUACAGUUCCAGAACCAGUAUCAGUACAUGACCCAUGACACAGGGAGCUGUUUCAAGUCCAAGAGUCUCCCCAUCCUGAAUGGGCCCUGUCUGUCAGGCUGUGAUGAGCCUCUGCUGGGUGAACCACGUCUGGUCCAUACCACCCAAACCUCCAUGGCCACAGCAGCCACCGACCACCACAGCAGCCAGCUCCAUCGCCAAACCCCCACUGACCCUGACUCUAGCCUGACUCUAGAGUCUCCCUCCUCUCUGACAGACUUCAAGCUCCAGUCCCCCUCGGCCUCCAGCCUGAUGGGGCUGAGAAGCUCCAUGGCCACUGGAGCCAGGGAUAAGAAACUAGGCUUCUCUUUAACCCGCUUCCUCCGUAUCCCCGCCAGGAAGUAUGUGCAAGCCAUCCUGGCCGACUCGCGCUGCUUCCUGUUCUGCAUGUGCUACCUGACGUUCAUCCAGUCGCUGAUGGUAUCGGGCUACCUGAGUAGCGUCAUCACCACCAUCGAGAAGCGUUACAGCCUCCGCAGCUCCGAGUCCGGCCUUCUUGUCAGCUGCUUUGACAUCGGCUCUCUCUUCGUCGUCGUCUUCAUCUCCUACUUUGGAGGCAGGGGUCAGAGGCCGCGUUGGCUGGCGGUAGGAGGGGUGUUCAUAGCCGUAGGAGCGGCUCUGUUCUCCUUGCCACACUUCAUCUCACCACCCUACCAGAUCCAGGAGCUCAACUCGUCCACGGGCCACGAGGGUCUGUGCCAGAGCGGGAACGGCAGCGGGCGGGAUGCCUUGGACGUGGCGUCGUGCCCCCGAGACCAGGAGGGUAACGAACACAACCUGUACGUGGCGCUAUUUAUCUGUGCACAGAUCCUGGUGGGUAUGGGGUCGACGCCCAUCUAUACCCUGGGACCCACCUACCUGGACGACAACGUCAAGAAGGAGAAUGCCUCCCUCUACCUCGCUGUCAUGUAUGUGAUGGGAGCCCUGGGGCCGGCAGCGGGAUAUCUGUUAGGAGGAGUUCUGAUUGGUUUCUACGUCGACCCCACAACUGUCGUCCAUAUUGACCAGAGUGACCCACGCUUUGUUGGCAACUGGUGGAGUGGGUUCUUGCUGUGCUCUAUAGCCAUGCUCCUGGUCAUCUUCCCCAUGUUUGCCUUCCCUAAGAAGCUGCCUCCACGCCACAAGAAGAAGAAGAAGAAGAAGAUGACCUCAUCAGUAGAUGACGUGUCCAGCGAUGAUGAUUUUAUGAUGGAGAAGGGGGAGGGACAGAACGUCCAGACCGGCAUGGGCUUCGGGAAGGACAUCAAAGACCUCCCCAAGGCAGCGAUAAGGAUCCUGUCCAACACGACGUUCCUGUUUGUCAGUCUGUCCUACACAGCAGAAUGUGCCAUCGUUACAGCCUUCAUCACAUUCAUUCCCAAGUUCAUAGAGUCCCAGUUUGGCAUCCCUGCUUCUAACGCCAGCAUAUACACAGGUGUGAUCAUCGUGCCCAGUGCUGGGGUGGGUAUCGUCCUAGGGGGCUACAUCAUCAAGAAGCUGAAGUUGGGAGCCAGAGAGUCAGCCAAGCUGGCUAUGAUCUGUAGCGGGGUGUCUCUGCUCUGUUUCUCUACGCUCUUCAUAGUGGGCUGUGAGAGCAUCAACCUGGGAGGUAUCAAUAUACCAUACACCACUGGGCCCACUCUGACUAUGACCCAUCAUAACCUGACUGGAGGCUGUAAUGUGAACUGUGGCUGUAAGAUCCAUGAGUAUGCCCCUGUGUGUGGCUCUGACAGCAUCACCUACUUUAACCCCUGCCUGGCUGGGUGCAGCACGGUGAGCAACGGCAGCACUGGGAUCAGGAACUACACAGAGUGUACGUGUGUCCAGAGCCGACAGGUCAUCAGCCCUCCCGCUGGUGGUCAAGGCAACCAACUGCAGCUGGUCAUCGUUAAGACCUACCUGAACGAGAACGGCUUCGCGGUGUCGGGGAAGUGUGACCGCACCUGUAACACCCUCAUCCCCUUCCUCAUCUUCCUCUUCAUCGUCACACUCAUCACCGCCUGCGCCCAGCCCUCCGCUAUCAUAGUCACUCUCAGGUCUGUGGAUGAACAGGAGAGACCAUUCGCUCUGGGGAUGCAAUUUGUCCUGUUAAGAACUCUGGCAUAUAUUCCCACUCCCAUCUAUUUUGGGGCGGUGAUCGACACCACCUGUAUGCUGUGGCAGCAGGACUGUGGCGUCCACGGCUCCUGCUGGGAGUACGACGUCACUUCCUUCCGCUUCGUCUACUUCGGCCUGGCCGCCAGCCUCAAGUUCAUUGGCUUCAUCUUCAUCUUCCUCACCUGGUACUCCAUCAAGUACAAGGAGGAGCAGGCGGAGCGCUGGCACCAGCGACUACCCCCGUUGGGCACUGUCUCUGACCUCAUCUGCCACGUGGGGGGCCAGAAGAGCCACGCCCGAACCCGCUCCUGCCCGGUGUUCAUCCCGCCUUGCGACCACCCUCCCGUGGCACUCCUUCUCAACCGGGGCCACAGCACCAUCACCCUCGUUAACAGAGCAAUAAACCCGCCCCUCCCUCUCUGCUGAUGCCACACACAGUAGCUCCGCCCACAUAUGAGAGCAGGAAGUAAACAGACCACACCUCUUCCUCUUUAGGUCACACCUCUACCUGUUCCUCCCCGGGGGUUGUGACACGUGCCUUCCUGUUCCUGUCUCCACCCUGUUUCUAAAAUAUACACCAAUCAGGCGGUGGGGGCGCCGAUUUCCAUUGCUCUGAUUGACAGGCAGAGAGACCAAUAGACUGAUAGUGACAGAGGGCAUUUGUGGUAUUAAAGAGCUGGCCACAGUUAUAUGGGCAUGUCACAGGGGAACAGCUCGACUCCCUAUUGACCUACAGAGCUGUCUGUCUCUGCUGUGCACAUCAUUAGCUGCAGAGUGGAGGCUGGUGGGAGGAGCUAUAGGACAGGUUCAUUGUAAUGGCUGAAAUGGAAUUAAUGGAAUGGAGUCAAACAAGUGGUUUCCAUUGAUACCAUUCCAGCCAUUACAAUGAGCCCAUCCUAUAGCUCCUCCCACUAGCGACACAGCAUGUACAGAAGUUAACACACAAGUGUUUGGGAUCAAUUCGAAUUGAAGGCAGUCAAUUCAGGAAGCAAACUGAAUCGAUAGUCAAUGACUUCUCAAACUGAAAAGAAGCUAUUUAUGUAAAGUUUUCCAUUUUGGAAUUUUAAAUUCAAAUCACUUCUAGAAUUGACUCCAACCCUGAUACACUUCAUAAAUCAAAAUGUUUGUGUAUCAACAUGAUCACAUGGUGCUACUGUACUGUAAAAUGGGCUGGGCAUUAGUAUAUUCUAAUAUUAUUCUUCUCAGAAGGGACAUGUGGGUACUACAUUACCCAUGAUGCCUCAUCACAGUUGCAGCAUUUCUCUCAAGCACAACAUACUAACUGACAAACCUGUUCUAUUCUAUGCAAGGUCCUGUGUACUCCCAUACAGACAGACAUACACCUCUCAGUACUGUAUUGACUUACUGUACCCCUCUCUGUGGUUGCAUCACAAAUGGCACCCUAUUCCCUAUAUAGUGCACUAUUUUUGACCAGGGGUCCAUAGGGCUCUGGUCAAAUGUAGUGCAUUAUACAGGGAAUAGGGUGCCUUCUGGGACACAGCCUAUCACUCAUUCAAUCACAUUAUACCACAGCUGAGCAUAUCCAGCUAAUAUUGAAUGUGGUUAGCAGCAACAUUAAACAGUACUAUUUAGGAGGGGAUUAUAUCGACUUAAAACUCAGUCAUACAUGAGACAUUUGUCCAGUUCUGUCUGUCCUUGUGACCGUCUGUUUAAACUCUUGGUUCAGAGCAGAGAAUGGGCCACCCAUUUAUUUGACUCUUCAGCCCCCUUUGAAACAGUAACUCAGGCUGUGUGGGCCUAUCAUUGGUUGCUGGCUAGCUGAUUAAUGCUAAUAGUUACGAGGGUAACCUGCUAGCCAACUAGCUUGCUUAUAUCCAAUGGCUAGUUAGUAGCUAAUGCUAAUAGCUACCAGGCUAACCGGCUAACUAGCUUAUAUCAAAGAUUAUGGAUAUAGUGACAAGAUACAUGUCUCUCCAUCCUAACAACCGGAGUCAUUGUCCACAAAGCAGCACGACUGGCUGUCUAGCUCCCAGCUAUUCUUUCUUUGGAUAUGUGGAUACAUUUCAUUAUUGUAAUCCUGAAUAUUCGAUGAAGGUUGUUGACGUGAACCGAUAUAUUCAAUGGGCAGAGAUGCUAUGCUACUAGCCUCAUCCCAUGAAUAUGCAUAGCCAUCUUGAGACAACUCCUCAUAUGAAGUGUUUUUUCUCAAAGUUGCCGGGAUGUCAUGUGUCCUAGUUAUAUCAGUAUACUCGUAACAACUUAAGCAUUACAACACUUUUAUUAGAUCAAGUAAACCUCACGUAGCAAAUAAGCCAUAAACAAAAUGUAUUGACCAAAUUCAAUACUCUUAUUAACCUCCGUACCAAGCAAGGCUUGGUGGGUGAAACAACGAACAAACGAGGGAGACAUAUUUCCCCUCGAGUUGGGCCUCUCUCUUCCUCUCUGCCUAUAUCCAAAGACGAGUUACUAACGAACUGGCCACCUAGUCAGGAGUGGUGGUCUGCACCAUAGAUAGUUAGUCUGUGUGGAGUUAGUCUUCAUUAGGACUUUAACUUUACUCCAGGGGAAUGGGGAACACACAGUUUUGUAUUUAUAACAUAACAUUAGGUGGUCUUUGCUGGAAGGGAAAACUCAGUCAUAAUCCUCAUCCAAAAGAAUAUGACAUAAGAGAACUAAAAGCUGUCAUUUUAACUGCAAAUAUCUACAAAAUGUAUUUUUUUUGCUUUUUACUUGUUUGAAAAAGUAUUGAAUUUGUUUUGAAUUGAAUUUCCCUUUUUAUGUUAAAGGGGUAAUUUGGGAUUUUGGCAAUCUACUUCCCCAAAGUCAGAUGAACUCGUGGAUACCAUUUUGAUGAAGGAAGUUAGAGAUAGCAUUGGCUCGCAAAACUAACUAGUGUUAGCGCAAUGACUGGAAGUGUAUGGGUAUCUACUAGCAUGAACCCAGCCCAUUUACAAACUGACUCUACACUAGGUCCAAUAUUGCUUCAUUUCAGCAUUGUUGUAUUGACAUUUAGGCAUUUAAGAAGUAGUGUAGUAAGGAAUAAAUCAACAAAGCCCAUUAUAUCAACAGAUAAGUCACAAUAACAAGAAACAAUAUAACUGAUUUUUUUUUUAUCAUUCAGUUCAGGAGUGACUGGGACCCACCCUCUGCUGGACAUAAACAUGAAUUGCAGCCCGGAGUGAAAAAGACAGUGAACGGCCUACCCUUUACCAAGAUUUCCCAGAAAUUCCAUUAAGAAGAUUUCCGGAAUCAUGAGGGAAUAAGCAUGAAAUCCAUAAUCCUCCCGGAAUUUUUGGAAAACCUGUGAAAGUUACUGGAAUUUUGCAACCCUACACAGACCUACUACUAAUACUGUUUUUGUACAACUGGACUGCUGCUGUCAAUUUACUACUUGUUUUUGUUUUCUAGGACACUUUUUAAGAAGAUAAACCAUUAUGAACAGCAACUACAGUAUUUAUACCUUGUUUGGCAUGAGGCAUGCCUCAUAUCCAUUAUAUAUUUGCGCUUUUAAAACCGGUUUCCAAAGAACAGCGGAUUUAUCUGAUGCAGUGGUAAAGUUUUAUGAAUUAGGCUGGGAUUCAAUCCCGAUCGGGCUUUGUCCACAAUGCAUGUUUUAAAGGCAAUGUCCCCGCGUGUGCGGAGACCACAGUCACAGUAAAGGCUGCAUAUGUUGGCUCAAACGGAAGUGAUUUUAAAUGCCACAUUGUCCAAAGGCUGCGAUGGGAUUAAAUCCCAGCCUAAAUGUCUUUGUUCUCAAGUUAUGUAAGAGACUGCUGUGUGUCUAUGAUGAUACUUGGCUGAAAAGUGCCAAGUUAUGGUUUCUUAUUAGUAUGAUCAUGAAUUAGUAGCUAACUGUUCCCAAACUAUUAUCAUGUAAAUAUUUAAAGAUAUAAAGUCAACGUAUUAUAGAGCUUAAACUUAUUUAGAAGUAGGUAUUUAUGAACUAACCCUAACCAUUGUAGACCACAUCAUAAAAUGACUUCAAAAUACAAAAACAAGGAAACCGUAUAUUUGCUUCUCUGUGCCUGAAUGACCUACAGUAUUUUACAUAGGAACGACCUGUUACAUUGAAUUUGGGGGAUUGGGGAGUGGGUUGUAUUUUGCAAUAUGUUUUUUUGUUGAUGGGUCCAUUUGAAUUGGUUGGUGUUGAAGCCCUCUCUUUGGCUCCAUCCAAAACGACUUAGUUUGCAUCUCAAAUGGCACCCUACUCCCUUAAAGUGCACAUAGGGAUCUGGUAGUGUAAAAGUAGUCCCCAUGCAUCCCCUAUUUCCCACGCAACCUGGCCAUAAGUAGUGACCCAUGUAAGGAAAAGGGUGCCAAUUGGGACAGGAUGGUAUUGUUACCCAGGAUGCCCUUUACCUCCAUUCAACAAGGUGUAAGCAGUACUAUAGGAAGGCUUGAACUGUGUCCGAAAUGGCACCCUAUUCCCUAUAUAGUGCACUACUACCCAUAGGGCUCUCUGGUCAAAAGUAGUGCACUAUAUAGGGAAUAUGCUGCUAUUUGGGAUGCAAACUGGAGGUCUGCAGCCCUUGAUUUGUGUUCCUCAGGAGCAGAAGUCAAAACCAUAUUUGUGGACACUUGGGCUCCAUACUUGCGAACAUUAGAACAUUUUCUCAGUCUCAAAAUGCGCAUCAGCCAAUUCAAAUCGGUGACAUAGUUGCACCUUGUAAAAUGCUAUAUGUUAGCUGUUCCCAUUACAUAAUCUGGCACAUUUAGCCAUAUGCUAACCAGACGGCUGUGAUUAUUUCCUGUAAGAAAUUCCACAUCAGCCUAUCAAGAUCUUAGACUUUAUAUCCAUCAACCAAUGGCAUUUCUUAAAAUAGGUCGACUUGGCCACCAAAUGUAUAUUUUAAACUUCCAAAUUAAAUUACUUUUGUUCCUCUUGAUCUGUCACAAUUGUAGUGUGCCAAUAUUUCAUGACAAUGAAUCCUUGACUAGGCUACUCAAAUUCAAGAGGCACAUUUUUGCUCAUCCAUUUCACACAUGUUCAUGUGCUUUUACGGGAUAAGAUAAAGGUCUAUAAAACGUUUAUUAAGUUUAUCGUACAUCGUUAGCGUAUGCCACUAAGGUGAUGUGAAUCUUCGGAGUACAGUAACCGUGGGUUAGAGGCCCCCCCAUCUCAUGAAGCUCAUGAAGGGGAAAAAAAGACAAUUACCAGAAGCCAGACUUACAACACUGACCUAUCCGUCCAGUUGAAAUGUUGCAUGUAUUUUAGUAACUUUAAUUAGCAGAUGGUGCCGUUUGAGUCAUGUUAAAGAUGCUCUCAUGGAAAAGUGGCCCACUACGUUAGCAUUUGUAUUUGGCUGAUGCAGAAUUUGUUAACGGGCAUGAUCACUGCUACCUGGUCAGGUUAGCAUAGGGCUAAAUGUGCCAGGUUAUCUAAUGGGAACUUCCAAAGUAAUGUUAUAUCAUGUGCAACUACGUCAACGAUUUUAAUUGGCUAAUGCACAUUUUGAGACGGAGAAACUCUGAACUUAAACUAAUGGACCCUUGGUUUACAAAUGCCUUGAAUACUUGAUAUGUGUCAUUAAAAAACUGUUAAAAGGAGAUUUGGGUCUGGUUUAUGUUUAUGCAAUCAGUAUAGCAGAUUUUUUUUUUGGGGGGGGUGGGGGUGAUCAAGCACUUCCAUAAUGUGGUAGGGUGUGUCUAGGAUUUUAUUUAUUUUUUAUCCCAGAUUUUCUAGAAAUCGUGGUUGGAGGACACUGGAUUUCCUGCUUAUUCUGUCCUGAUUAUGGGAAUAUUCCAACUGGGAUUUCUGGCAAACCUAAGUUACAGGAGUGUGGGAGGAUGGAUGGAUUUAUGAAUGUAUGAAGAAAUGGUAAUUAAAUAAGCUGAAAUGUCA